AUGCAACUCAGUCGGCUCAUCGUCUGCGUCGUCGCCGCCGUGGUCAGCGGUGUUGCGUCCGCAUCCUGUGGCCCGAUCGAGGCCAACAUUGACUAUUGGGGCAAUGACAUCAAGCAAACGCAGCAGUCGGCCGCAGAUCGAUGCUGCGCCGACUGCGCGGCCACGGCCAACUGCGUGGUCGCGACGUGGCGCGCGGGCACAUGCUACCUGAAGCACACCAAGGCCAACCGGUACAGCUCGGACGGCGCCAUGUCCAUUUCGCCCAACCCGACAUCGACGUGUGGCGCGAUCGAAAACGACGUCGACUACUACGGCAACGACAUCAAGCAGACCAAGCAGGCGUCCGCUAGCGGGUGCUGCGCCGACUGCGCGGCCACGCCCAACUGCGUCGUGUACACGUGGCGGGACGGCACGUGCUACCUCAAGCACACCAAAGCCAACCGGUACACCUCGACGGGCGUCCGGUCGGCGUCGCGGUCGUCGUCGGCGCCGUCGCAGGUGUGUGCGCCGAUCGAAGAAAACAUCGAUUACUACGGCAACGACAUUAAAUUCACCACGCAACCGAACGCCGACGCCUGCUGCGCCGACUGCGCGGCGACACCCAACUGCGUCGUGUACACGUGGCGCGACUACGGCAACGGCGACACCAAGUGCUGGCUCAAGAGCGCCAAAGGCUCGCGCGGGCUCUGCAACGGCGCCCGGUCCGCGUCGAUCCAAUCAUCGAGCAACCUGUGCCGCCCCAUUGAAGAAAACACCGACUACCCCGGCAACGACAUUGCGCGCCUGAGCCGUGGCACCGCCGGUGAAUGUUGCGACGACUGCCGCGCGCGAUCCGACUGCGUCGUCUCCGUGUGGUACGCAGGGUUGUGCUACCUCAAGAACGCCAAAGGCAACAAGGUGUACGUGUCGGGGCGCGCGCCGCGUCGGUGGGGCCAGAUUGUGCGCCAGCUGAACUUGAUCCGCAAGGCGCAUGGCUACACGACACCGGUAGUCUGGGACGAGAAACUCGCCGCCGACAUGCAAGCGUGGGCCGACUCGUGUCCGCAAAAGAACGGCGGCGGUCACGGCGGGCCGCCCGGUGCGCAGAACCUCGCGUCGUACGAAGAGUGCAAGACCAACUGCCACCACCAAGUCGGCGCGAGCUGGAACUGGUACGACAGCGAGCAGCAGCUCUGGAGCUACGAGCGCGAUGCAUGCGCGAACGGCGACUGGAUGACAUGCGGGCAUUUCCAGAAUUCAAUGAACAAGGGCGUGUCGGCCAUCGGCUGCGGCUGGUCCACGUGCUACAACCCCAACAUUAACGGCCAAGACUCGCUCAUCUGGUGCAACUACAUUGGCGUCUCGGACCCGCCCCAGAUCCCGCGGCCGAAAAUGGCCCGCGAGGCCAUUCUCGCAAGCCUCACGGCGUAG